UAACCUACCAUUGCUCGGUGUCCAAAUCACAUCGCCGAGGAACAAAGAGGUGCGAAAAUUUAAAGAGGGAGAUCUGAUGUACUUUCUCGCGGAUCUUAACUACACACAAUACCAUGAUCGCAUUAGAACAUAAAGAUACUAUGCAGGUGAGCUGUGAGGCUCCCAUAAAAUGCCUCCAGCACAAUCUGAAUUACAAUGGGACUGCCAUAAAAAGCAUCCCAGAGUUGAAUGAAGGCACCGGUUCUAGUCCAGUUGGGGAUACUAGUAGUGACUGCUCAUUUGGCAGUGAUACUAUUGGCUCAUCUAAACAAUCUCCAAAAGAACCUGUUGAACAUCAUGCUUCUGGCUCUUGGACAGCCUUCUAUCCAGCCUCAAAUAAUAUGCGAAUGUGCGCAGUGAAUGCUUUUGAGGCCCAAUUAUAUCCUUACUCUGUGGACAGACGGUUCCAUUAUGGCCCAUUCAACACAAUCCCAGGACAUUACCCUUAUGAAUUCCAAUUCCAAGAUUUUCAAUAUUUUGUGGUCAUUGACUUUGAAGCUACAUGUGACAAGGAAAGGAAUCCUCACCCCCAAGAAAUAAUAGAGUUCCCAUCUGUGAUUGUUAGCAGUAUGACUGGCCAGCUUGAAGCUUGUUUCCAAACCUAUGUGAGACCAACAUGCAAUGAACUUCUUAGUGAUUUCUGCAAGGAUUUGACUGGCAUCCAACAGAUUCAGGUCGACCGAGGAGUUACAUUGGGUGAAGCUCUCCUUAGGCAUGACAAAUGGCUCGAGAAGAAGGGGAUAAAACAUGCCAAUUUUGCUGUGGUUACGUGGUCAAAUUGGGACUGUAGAGUGAUGUUGGAAUCAGAAUGUCGCUAUAAGAAGAUCCGAAAGCCUCCUUAUUUCAACAGAUGGAUCAACUUAAAGGUCCCUUUCCGUGAGGUUUUUGGAGGCGCUCGGUGCAAUCUGAAAGAGGCUGUCCAGCUUGCUGGUCUAGCAUGGCAGGGUCGUGCCCACUGUGGUCUGGAUGAUGCAAAAAACACUGCCCGCUUACUUGCCUUAUUCAUGCACAAGGGCAUCAAGCUCUCAAUUACAGAUUCACUCACCUGUCUAGCUGCUAAUGAACCACCCUUUACCUGGAAGCCACCACCCCAAGACCGUGUGCCCGUUUCUCCUUAUCAAGCACAGAAAGUUAGGGACCCGCAUUUCCCAACAAUUCAGAUGCAUCCUAAUUGCUACUGCGGGAUAAGGAGCAGCAAAGGCAUGGUCCAGAAGCCCGGACCGAAACAAGGAAGCCUCUUCUUUGGGUGUGGAAACUGGACUGCGGUGAGGGGUGCUCGAUGCCAUUACUUUGAAUGGGCUUACCUUUGACUGAACUGAUACCGAAACAAUUUACCCAAAAUGUCAUGUAAAAAAAAAGUUGCGGUGAGUGUGUGGGUGCGCUUGGGGGGGGGGGUCUCGUUUUUGUUUCUGUGGAAGCAGAAUGAGUCAUGGGCUCAACAUGGCCAUGUCUCUCUCCUGCUUCCUGCAGAGUAAAUAUGGGGGUAGUUUGUGGUUUAAGGUUUUGCAUCUUCUCAAUGCAUGGCAAUGUGAGGGAGAGUGUCUCUCCCUUGACACAUGCAAUGGCAGAUCCAACCUGUUAACUUAUUGUUGACAAAAUAUAAUUGGAAAAGGUAGAUCAGACUUUUACAUACCUAGCAAGACAUUAUAUUUAUAUAUUUUAAUAUAUGUUUAUUUAAAUAAAUAAUUGUGAACAAAUGCAGUCCAAUGUG